AGGACUUGAGAGGCAGAUUACUCGCUUGACACAAACGUCACUUCCUCCAUGGUGUAAUAGCCUACUGCGCGUGCCAAUCCCGGAUUUUAGGCUGGCCCAGAAGACCAAAUUGAAUCGGCAUCCACUGGUUUAAGAUAUCAGAGGGCUUGGAGACACACCAUUGUCCCCUGUCCCGGGGCAAUCUGAGCUGAGAUUGGAGGACCUGGCUAGGGAGAGCUGCACCAUUCCGCUUGGGCAAAUUGGUCCUGGGACAGCGAAACAGUGGGAGAGAGCCUCCAUCACCCCCUCUGCCUCCAUGAGUUCCUCUUAGAUUCAGCGAGAUUACGAAAGCAUGCGAGUACCACUGCUGUGUCUGGCGUGUCUUUGUGCAGCCCUGGGGCGCUCCUACGCAGCUGAUCUAAGUGACUGUGUGUCGGCGGGAAGCCAGUGCCACAGCCGUGCGGACUGCAUGAACACGCGCGACGGAGGCUUCCAGUGCGUCUGCCGCAUGGGUUUCCAGGGCGACGGGCUGCAGUGCACGGACAUCGACGAGUGCAAGCUGGGCCUGCACGGCUGCCAUGUCAACGCCAACUGUAACAACGCGCUGGGCAGCUACAGCUGCGUCUGCCGGGCCGGCUACACGGGCAGCGGCAAGAGCUGCGAGGACGUGAACGAGUGCCUCACCAACAACGGCGGCUGCCACGACAACGCGGCGUGCACCAACACGGCAGGGGGCGUGAGCUGCCGCUGCAGGACCGGCUUUCAGGGGACCGGCCUGCAGUGCCAGGACAUCGACGAGUGCACCACCCGCGGCAUCUGCCACUGGAACGCCACCUGCACCAACAACCCCGGCUCCUACGCCUGCACCUGCAACUCGGGCUACAAGGGCAACGGGAACUACCUGUGCCUGGACAUCGACGAGUGCUCCGAGUCCUCGGGCGUCUGCUCCACCUCCGCCGGGUACAAGGGCUGCCGGAACCUCCCGGGCACCUACAGCUGCACCUGCAACAGCGGUUACCAGAGCAACGGGCAGACGUGCAGCGACAUCGACGAGUGCGCCGCCAAGCUCUGCAGCACCUUCGCCGCCUGCGUCAACCUGCCGGGCUCGUACCGCUGCACCUGCCAGGAGGGCUUCACCGGGAACGGGCUCACCUGCGUCGACAUCAACGAGUGCGUCGGCAGCAACGACUGCGACCCCAGCGCGGACUGCAUCAACGUCCUGGGCUCCUACGACUGCUCCUGCAGAGAGGGUUUCCUGGGCAACGGCCGGCGGUGCGCGGACAUCAACGAGUGCCUGACGCCGGGCAUCUGCCCGGACGGCGCCUCCUGCGUGAACUCCGCCGGCUCUUACCGCUGCGACUGCGGCAGCGGCUUCAUCUUCAACGCCUCCAAGUGCCAGGACCUGGACGAGUGCGCGGCCGGCCACUGCAGCCCGUACGCCACCUGCGCCAACUUCCCCGGCUCCUUCACCUGCCAGUGCCGGCGCGGGUACGAGGGCAACGGCAUCUCCUGCGUCGACCUGGACGAGUGCAAGCUGGCGCAGCAGUGCCACGCCAGUGCCGUCUGCGUCAAUCUGCCCGGCUCCUACAACUGCACCUGCCUGCCGGGCUACUCGGGCAACGGUGUGACGGAGUGCGCGGACGUCAACGAGUGCCUGACGGGCAACGGGGGCUGCUCCAGCUGGGCCACCUGCGUCAACAGCAAGGGCUCGUACUCCUGCGUGUGCGCGCCGGGCUUCAGCCUCGUCAACAAGACCUCCUGCCGCGACGUGGACGAGUGCCAGGGCGUGCCGGGGCCGUGCCAGGCCAACGAGCGCUGCGUGAACACCGAGGGGUCGUACGAGUGCCCGUGCCACAAGGGCUUCGCCCGCGCCCGCGGACGGACCGCCUGCACGGACGUAGACGAGUGCGCCGCCGGGCAGCCCUGCCACUCCAACGCCACCUGCCUGAACAGCGAGGGCUCCUUCACCUGCACCUGCAAGCACGGCUUCACCGGGAACGGCACCUGGUGCCGGGACGUGGACGAGUGCGCGGCCGUCGGCACCUGCCACCCGCAGGCCGUCUGCGCCAACGCGCCCGGGGACUACUCCUGCAGCUGCCGGCGCGGGUUCGAGGGCGACGGGUUCUCCUGCCGGGACGUGGACGAGUGCGCCGCCUCCAACGCCACCUGCCCCGCCUUCGCCACCUGCGUCAACUCCGUGGGCUCGCACGUGUGCUCCUGCCUCAAUGGUACGGUGGCCCAAAACGACUCCUGCGCGGCCCCGAGCCCCCUCUGCUCCCCCGCGUGCCACCCCUACGGGCUCUGCCACCCCUCGCCCGCCGGGCACCAGUGCGUCUGCGACGUCGGCUUCGAGGGGGACGGCCUCACCUGCUCCGACAUCGACGAGUGCCAAGAGAACGUGUGCCCCGCCAACGAGACCGAGUGCGUGAACAAGCCGGGCGCUUUCUCCUGCGUGUGUCAGAGCGGGUACACGCAGAACGGGACGUCCUGCACCGACGUGGACGAGUGCGAAGCGGGGGGGCACAAGUGCAGCGAUUUCGCGGAGUGUGUGAACACCAGGGGGAGCCAUCUCUGCUUCUGCCUCAGCGGCUUCACAGGAGACGGCAAGAACUGUUCCGAGAGCGAGCUGUACCCAUUUGGGAAGGAAGUGGGGGACGGACAUGUUAAGGCAUCGGGGGCGGACACAAACUCCCCCUACAUCACUCCUCCCAUGGGGUUCCCCUUCCUCGGAAAAAUGUACGACCGGCUGUAUUUUUCAGAUAACGGCUUGGUGCAGUUCCAGUCGGUGAGUGAGAACGAGCAGUUCCUCUUCCCGGCUCCUUUCCCCAGUGGUUUCACCGGCAAUGAGAGUGUGGCCAUGCUGGCGGUGUUCUGGGAUGAUGCUGACCUCACACAGGGUGGCGGGAAGCUGUUUUAUCAGGAGUACCACAAACUGAACCUGUCUGACGUCUACGCUCAAAUCGUCUUCAACCGCACCCUGGAGGAUGUGUCCAGGUUUGAGAACGUGAGAGGGAGGCCUUCCUUCACCCCAGCCUGGAUCCUCAAAAUCACUUGGGACCACGUGCUCCCUGUCUCCUACCAGAAGAUCAACCUUUCAGAGACCAACACUUUCCAGUGCAUCCUGACCACGGACGGGGAUCGCUCCUUCGCCCUCCUGCGUUUCGGAGAGAUGGGCUGGGGUCCCGGGCAGAGGCUGCACCACGACGCUCUGACGGGCUUCACGGACGGGGGGGCCGUCUUCCACAACGAGUCCACCGUCCCCGCCCACAACCUGUUCGGGCCGGCCGGACGCUACCGGCCCCAGGAGGUGACGGGCAACACGGGGCGGCGGGGCCAGUGGGUGUACGACCUGACCAGGCCCUCGGGGCCCGACUCGGACCCCCGCAGGAAGUGCCGGGCCUGGGCGCUGAGGGAGCCGGACCCCUCGCUGUGGAUGGAGGGCGUCUCGUCCUGCCCCUGCGACCGGGCCCAGGCGCUGGAGGACCUGGCCUUCGGGCCCGAGACCCUGCCGGCCCAGCAGGGGGCGCAAGUGAGGGCGCUGAGGGCGCAGCGCUGGGGCAGCAGUGGGGGGCACGUCUUCCAGUCCAUCCUGGCCAACGUGCACGGCUCUGGGAAGAGGUGUGUGUACGACCUACAGGGCCCCCUGCUGGCAGGAUACAGCGAGCGCUACUUCAGCGGUAACAGUGUGCAAGACUACAUUGAUAAGGACCUGUUGCCAUUUGAGUGGUGCUGUGUCCAGUCUCCACUAUGCCAGCUUUACCUGAGCAAACGACCUCUUGACCGUUGUCAGGGUUAUGGCUGGACGAGCCCUGACCACGCCCUUCCUGCUGCCAAGGCAACUCAGGGCAUUGGCAUUGUGUAUGGAAGCCUCCACUUCAUCACCUUUGACGGGACGGAGUACUCCUUCAAGGCCGUGGGGGAGUUCGUCAUUCUCCGCCUCUCCUCCAGCUCGGGCUCCAACAUCUUCACCCUGCAGGGCGAGACUGGCCAGGUGGUCAUCAGUGGGCAGUCCCACGGGGUCUCCUCCCUGAAACGCGUGGCAGCGUUCUACCAGGGCAUCGGCAAGGUGGAAUGGAAGUGUGCCGAGUCGGGGGAAGGGAUGGCAGUUCUGGUGGAUCACGUGGAAGUGCCUGUUACUGUGGGUGUAGUGCACGUGGGAAGGGAGGGCUUCGCGGUGCGGUGCGUGACCCUGGAGCGCUGCGCCGCGGUGUACGCCGGCGGUCUGCACGUGUCCGUGUGGCGGGGCGCCGCGGGGAUGCUGGGCGCCAUCGUGGAGGUGCCACAGCGCUUCUUCAACCACACCGUGGGGCUCCUGGGCCACUGGAGCUCCAGCCGCACCGACGACUUCCUGCUCCCCAACGGCCAGCUCCUGCCCUGGCCCAACGGCAUCCCCCCUCCGGAGGAGACCCUGCACCAGUACGGGCUCUCCUGGGCUGUACCUGUCCCAGAGAGUCUGUUGCACUCCGUCCCGCCCACAGCGCCUUUCAGCCCAAUCUCCACAAAGGAGCUCCUGUCCGUCAGCCCGCUGGUCCUGAGCGAGCUGAAGACCAAGUGUCAGGGGAGCAUGGCCUGUGUCCAUGACACCCUGGCGCUCGGCAGCCUGGACCUGGGCCUUCAGAGCCUGGAGUUCGAGGAGAGGUACCACAACCUGGCCCAGGUGUUCGGCAACAUGCCCCCCAUUGUGACCCAGCCCACGGUGAUCCAGUGCAAGGUCAACGACAUGGUCCAGGUCCAGUUCGUUGCCGAGGAUGCCAACUCCGACACGGUGACCUUCUCCUUGCAGUUCCCCCGCCCCCCACUCGCCUCCAUUGGAAACGCUGAUGGGAUCCUGACCUGGACUCCGAUCAACACCCAGCCCGUGCUGCUGACCGUCCGGGCGAGUGACCAGCUGUUUGGCUCCCUGUUCAGCCCCGUCAUCCAGAUGUGUAACUGCCUGAACGGGGGCUCCUGCCAGUACGACAGCAUCGCUGAGAACCAUCUGCAGGGCAAGUUCCAGAUAGUGGGCUGUCUUUGUCCGAAGGGGUACAGUGGGAGGUUCUGUGGGAAUACCACAGACCCCUGCAAGGGAAAACCCUGUUUCCUUGGAGUGUCCUGCCAGAAGGACAAAAACCCAGACCAGUUCACCUGCGGGGAGUGUCCCAAAAAUACCGUCUACCAGAGCAAGCAGGGCUACAAGUGUUUUGAGAACGAUUUCUGCCUGCCCCCAUUUCCCUUUCCCUGUCACAAGAUGGCCGACUGCUACAGCACAGGGUACAACUACACAUGCAAGUGCAGGCCUGGCUACACUGGCAGUGGUUACAACUGCACCGAUAUUGAUGAAUGCUUGGACCCAUCUGCCUGCCCCAACGCCAAAUUUGAGUGUGUCAACACUCCUGGCUCGGUCCGGUGCUCUUGCCGGUACCAGAACACCAAGGAGUCUGAUGGCUGUGGUGACUCCGCAAACCCUCCAGGGUGGAAUGUCUUUAACGUCUCCAUGGGCUGGACGAGUCCAGAAAAUGGAAAUAAGGGCCUGCAACAGCUGCGGGAGAUCCUGUCCAUGGGCUUCCAGAACAAGUUUUACAAUGCCAGCAUGAAGACGAGGGGCACGGGAGGGCAGGGGGCCAGUGAGUACCGCAUCAACGUGUCCAGCGACACGCCCCACUGGUACGUCCGCGAUUACCUGGGCCGCGUCAGCCAGUACUACGGCAUCCAGAACGCCGACGUGGGAGACCUGGACGAGUGUACAACGAUGGAGGUUGUGUGUGUGAAGCCUGCCCGCUGUGCCAACACCUACGGGGGGUACAGGUGUGUGUGCAAUGGCACCACGGAUGUGGAUGAGGCCCAGUCCUGCAUUUUAGAUAAGGGUGGUGUGAACCGGACAGGGCUAGCAGCGCUGCAGUCUGAAGAGAAAAAUAAGCCCCUGAUCCUGGGUCUGGUUCUGGGCAUUGGGAUCCCCCUCCUGCUGCUGCUCCUCCUGGCUGCCCUGGCCUGCUUCAUUUGCUCGCGCAAGAAGACCGUCACUGGAGAGAUUCCCCACCUGAUCCCGGAGUACACCCAGGAGUACAACCCCCCGCCCUUCAACUAUUCGGACCCAGCGCUGCAUUACAAGAGCCACUGCAGCCCGCGCAUUUUAGAGGGCAUCACGCCCAGACGCGCGCGUCGGUAAGCGACACGGAGGCGCGGCCUAGAACCCGGGCCUCGCGCCCUGACUCGGCCCAGAGCGAGCGCAUUUCUCAAAGAAAAGGCCAGUAUAUUUAAAAUAUAAUUCAUAACCAACCACAAUAAUUGUAUAUGUCUUGUAAAAAAAACAAAAGAAAAUAGAAAAAAAAAAGGAAUUAUUUAUGUUGGUUCGAAGGAGUUGUUGCACAGGCUAAUGAGGAGAGAGAGUCCAUUAGAUGCAGAGAGACUUUUAAAGUUCCAAGCAUCUUUCAAAGAAAUGGGACUAGAAUGAUGUUAAUAGCUGAACAAGAGAUUCCGGUUGUCAUUGUGUAUAUAUACGAGGCACAACCCACACAGAGAUGGCCGACAAGCCCUGAGAAAUCAAACGACUGGUGGAGCACAACCUUCGUACAGCACUUUUCUUAUCGUUCCAUAAAUGCCACAGAAAUGUUGAAUGACGGUUUUGUAUUCGUUGGGGUACAUUGCAGGGUCUGAUCAAUUUCCAUACUGACUGAUUCAAAAGAACUGUUUUAUUGUGUUCCUGUUCCUUGUCGCAAAGAACAAUUACCGCCCUGGUUGUAACAGCGAUGUUUACUCAUCAGAAUGCUUUUGGUCCAACCCCACAUUAUCCUCUUAGCACCAUUACUGCAAUUUGUGCAUAAUGGGCUGGCUAAUGCCUGGAAUUAAAGCUUAAAUCAAACCAUUUUUUUUACCAUUUUUUCCAAUACUAUUAAAAGUAAAUCAGGUUUACAUAUUGUAAUUUCAUAUGGUAUUAAAAUAUCAUUUAAAGGGUGUUUUUUAUAGCUAAAUAAUUCAUACCAUGGGUUUGUAUGGUUUGCUGAAAUCUUCCAACCACCCAGAGUUGUCAUUGAAUUCUUUUGCCCGCAAUGUACAAGUGGCCACUGUACUCAUGAGGUUGAGCAAAUUCUUGACAAACAAUUAAACAAUUAAAUAA